GAGCCCUAUCGUGAAAAAAAAUCAUAUGACUUGGAUCGAUUUGGAAAAGAAAAUAGGUUGAAUUUUCAUCACAGCACCGUUGCUUUCUUACACAUUUCGCGGAAUUCAAUCGAGCCAGAUUCGCAGCCCGCAGCCCGAGUCCAGACUUUCAGUCAACUCCCCCCAAUUACAGUAACAGUGCGCGUGUCGUGUGCUUUUUUUUGCUUUGUGUGUUGAUUUGUAAGUUUGCAACUAUGGACAGCUCAGGAUUCAUGUUCAACAUCGACAAUGGCUAUCUGGAGGGCCUGUGCCGUGGCUUCAAGUGUGGCAUCCUGAAGCAGGCGGAUUACUUGAAUCUGGUGCAGUGCGAAACCUUGGAAGAUCUGAAACUGCAUCUGCAGGGCACCGACUACGGCAGCUUUCUGGCCAACGAGCCCUCACCGCUGUCCGUGUCCGUGAUCGAUGACAAGCUGCGGGAGAAGCUGGUCAUUGAGUUCCAGCAUAUGCGCAACCAUGCUGUGGAGCCGCUGUCCAACUUCCUGGACUUCAUCACCUAUGGCUAUAUGAUCGACAACAUCAUUCUGCUCAUUACGGGCACGCUGCACCAGCGGCCCAUUUCGGAGCUGAUACCCAAGUGCCAUCCGCUGGGCAGCUUUGAGCAGAUGGAGGCCAUCCAUGUGGCAUCGACGCCCGCUGAGCUGUACAACGCUGUGCUGGUGGACACGCCGCUCGCCCCGUUCUUUGUCGACUGCAUUUCCGAGCAGGAUCUCGACGAGAUGAACAUCGAAAUCAUCCGCAACACGCUGUACAAAGCCUACCUGGAGGCCUUCUACAACUUCUGCAAGAACAUGGGAGGUGCCACCGCAGAUGUCAUGUGCGAGAUCUUGGCGUUUGAGGCCGAUCGCCGUGCCAUUAUCAUCACGAUCAACUCAUUCGGCACCGAGCUGUCCAAGGACGAUCGCGCCAAGCUGUAUCCCAACUGCGGCAAGAUGUACCCCGAUGGCUUGGCCGCGCUGGCCCGUGCCGACGACUACGAGCAAGUGAAGACCGUGGCCGAGUACUAUGCGGAAUACGCCGCUCUCUUCGACGGCUCCGGCAACAAUCCCGGCGACAAGACACUCGAGGAUAAGUUCUUCGAGCACGAGGUCAAGCUGAACGUGUACGCCUUCUUGCAACAGUUCCACUUUGGCGUCUUCUACGCGUACCUUAAGCUCAAGGAGCAGGAGUGCCGCAACAUUGUCUGGAUUGCCGAGUGCGUGGCCCAGAAGCAUCGCGCCAAAAUCGACAACUACAUACCAAUCUUCUAAGCCAAUCAGCCGCCCCCUCCCAGUCGGCAUUCAAAUAAUUAUUACUCGUUUUUUUUUUCCUCCUGCCCUUCAAGAUAUGUCUGUAUUUUUUUUUGUUUUUGGUUCUCCACCAAUCCCUUGUUAUCAAUUGUUUAAUGUAUAUUAAUAUUGUGUCUUUGUGCAAACUUUAUGUAUGUAUAUGUAGUUUUGUUACGAGUAUUAUUGUCGCUCCCCCGAUAAGUUCUUUUUCUCUUGGGUUUUUAGUUGAAUUGAGCAUUUUUCUGCUUCCAUAAGUAUCCUCCAUCCCACGGCAGAUAUUUAUAUCUAUAUAUAUAAGUAUGUAUGUACGCAGGAGGCAACUUAAGAGCGUUGUCUUCUCGUGUGCCUCACACAUAUUUAUAAUUAUCGAAACACACAAAACACAAAAUGAAUAGCAAAGCAUUGGGUAAGGAGAGCAUCAGCACCAUACCAUACAUAUGUUAUCUACUAUAUAGAAAUGCUUACAUUUACAGCAAACCAACAAACAAACAAAAACCUACAUAUGUGAAUGAUAUAAAUCAAUUAUUAAAACAUGUUUUCAAACAUUCCCUCAAACGUU